CCUUAACCCAACGAGACUGUUUGGAAGUGUCUGUCGGAAUGGUGAUGCAGUCUUGAUAUCGCAAGGAAAACGGAAGCGACCGUUGUAGUUACCUUACAAGCAAGCUAACUAAUUGCACUCUACCGAUGCGUUAGUCAGAAGUCUUCCUUAACAGAAAUAGCAAGCUACCCGGCUCAUAUAUGUGGUUUUACACGCUUUCCGCGAACGAUUAUUGUCAAGAAGAACACAUUAACGUUCCGCCGGACAUUCCUGUGUCGUUGAUGGAUUCGCAUCGUUGCUGACUUGUCCAGCGCGCACGCACGCACAGAGACCGUGGGAGAAUUCAACUCUGCUUUAACAUUUUCACUUGGGAGUCUCCCACUAAUUUAAUAAUCGUGUGUUCAGCGUUAUUUUCGUAGCGACCACAUCGCGGUGUCCGCGGAUAAAACAAUGCGCAGCUAAAACCAACAUUUUUUUUUGAAGGUUGAGGUUUAUUUGUGUGCCAGUGUUGUCAAAAUACGGAACUCGGUGUCGCUGAAAUAAAAAACAUUGACAAGCUGUUUUAUUUUGGACUUUCCCAAGCCCAAGAAAAGAGCAGUCUGCGCUCCAUUUUCGCUACCAGUGACCUGUCAUCGCUGUGGGGAUUGUCGGUAUGUCUGAUGAAAGAUACUCAGCGUUGGAUGAAUCGUCUCUCCGGAACCUGCUGGACGGGACGGUGGACAUGGACGAGCGGCGGCUGAUCCGCUCGGCGAUCCGUGAGCUGCGGCGGCGGGAGAUCGAGGACAUGGAGGCGGCGCUGUCCAGCAAGCGCUUCCGCCCCGCCCGCCAACACCUGCGCGAGGACAAGGAGAACCAGCUCAGUUCUGUCUCUCUGGACCAACUCUCUGGCAAACUACAGAACAUCCAGGACAUUGAGGAGCUAACUGUACUGCUGCGUGGUGCCAGCGAGUACGAGGAGAGGAAGCUGAUCCGGGCGGCCAUCCGUCAGCUGCGCGACGAGGAGCUGCGGGGAGCCUCAGAGAAGGUCAGGGGGAUGGGACGCCGUCCCGAACCUGAAACAGCAGAGCUGCACAGUGCCCUGGGGACAGUGGACCGUGCCAGAGACAGCCUGGGGGAGCGAGAGCAGAUCCGGUCGCAGAUUCGGGAGCUGAGGAGCCAGCAGUCCCUGAGCAGAGAGCUCCAGCGCGCAGACUCGAACUCAGGCAUGGUGCUGGUCCUGGACACUCUGGGAAAGGAGGACACCCCCGCCCCCCUGAUGGGGCGCCAGCGGCUGGAUUCGGGCACCUCCGACUCAGACCUGGUGCCGCCCCAGCGGCAGCGGCUGGAUUCUGGGGCUUCUGACCGGAGCUUGGGGUCCGUACCCCGACCCCGCCUGGAUUCGGGUGCUUCAGAGCGCAGCCUGGGGUCCAUACCCCGACCCCGGCUGGAUUCUGGGGCUUCAGAGCGCAGCCUGGGGUCCGUACCCCGACCCCGCCUGGAUUCGGGGGCUUCUGAGCAGAGCCUGGGUUUGGCCCCCCGGGGCCGGCUGGACUCCGCCGGCUCCCAGCCCCGCCCCAGGCAGAGGACCGACUCCGACGGGACGUCCGACGGCGGCCUGGGCCCGCUCCCGCGCCAGCGGUCCGGCUCCGGGGCGUCCGACGGGAGCUGGUCGUCGCGGAGACGGCUGGAUUCGGGCACCUCGGACCUGAGCCGGGGCGUGUCCUCGUUCGGCCAGGCUGCCGUGGCGACGACGAGCAGCAGCUCCAGCACCGACUCGGACGCGGAGAGCGCUGAACUCGGGCCGGUCCCGCCCCCGGCCCCGCCCCCGGCCCCGCCCGGCGACGACAGCUCCACCACGGACACGGACCGCGAGCAGCCCGACGGGCCCGUCCUCUCCAGGAAGCUCCCCGGUUCCCGUGGCAACCUGAUGAAUGGCGGCUCGGAGCUGAGGGACGGCACGCAAGAGCAGAAGACCUCGCUGGGCAGAGACAGCCGCUUCGCUUCCCUACACAACGGCAGAGAGAUCGUGUCCAACAGGAAAGACCCGGCCCCCCCCCCCUCCUCCUCGCCCUCCCCCUUCACGCGGGCCAGCUCCGUGCGCGACCGCGUGCGGAAGUUCACCGAAAGGAGCCCCAGCAGCACCGGCGGCGGGGGGGCGCCCCUGAAGAGGGGGGGCGGCUCCCUCAGAAACGGGGUGUCCUCCCAGGCCGGCAGCCAGACUCCCGUCUCCAGGGCGACCAGGCUUUUUGGGGAGCCGGCGCGGGACGAGAGGCGAGAGGGGCUCACCGCCACCACCACCACCGCUGGUCCCCGGAGACCCCGCAUCGGGUCUUACCCUUCCUCCUCCUCCUCCUCCUCCUCCUCCUCGUCUUCCUCAGAGAGCAUCGAGGGUGUGCUCCAGGGACAGCCCGCCCAGCAGCAGCAGCAGCAGCAGCCUCCCCCCGCCAGCCAAUCGCAGAGCUCGGUGGGCGGGGCCCCGGGCCGGGCUGAAAAGCCGGACCCCCCCUCUCCGGGCUCAGAGGACGAGCGCACCGCAGGCACAGGAGCAGCGGACAGCACCGCCACCGGCCAGGCAGAGGAAGAGGAAGACCGCGCCGACGACAUGAAGACCUUCCUCACCAUCGAGAUCAAGGACGGGCGCAGCGGCGGCACCGUGGCGGCCCCCCGGGUCACCGCCAAGCCGCCGCAGCGCCGACAAGAUAUAUCCUAUGUUGCCAAAGCACAGAAAAGAACAUGUACAAUGGAUCACAUAAACCUAAAUGUAGACAUUAGGUGUACAGACCAAUAUAGGCUUGUCCUAAUAUGCUCACGCGGUCUCCCUCUCUCUCUCCCUCUCUCUCUCUCUCUCUCUCUCUCUCUCUCUCUCUCUCUCUGUAUAGAACUGACCCUGGGCCUGAGGGCAACGCCAUUCAAGAUAUCCUCUUCCAGCCUUUCAUCUGGCUCCUCCUUCAAGAUUGAGGCGGAGCCUGUGGUGGGGGCGGAGCCUUCCGGCCUGACCGCCAGCGAGGCCCCGACCGCCGUGCCCAAUGGCGCCUCUGAGGGGCGGGCCCGACCGGCGGCAGGCGCCACCAAGCUGAGCGCCGAGCAGCUGGCCGCCAUCGAGGACGAGGAGGUCCUGGAUAAGAUGCUGGACGAGUCCAAAGACUUUGAGGAGCGGAAGCUGAUCCGGGCGGCCAUGAGAGAACUGCGCAAGAGAAAGAGAGAGGCUCUGCUGGGAUUGUCCCAAGAGGAAACGGGUAUGUGUGUGUGUGUGUGUGUGUGUUCGUCAUUUGCAUGCGCUCACGUGUGUGUGUGUGUGUGUGUGUUCUGCAUGUGUGUGGGACUUGCACAGUGUGGCCAUUGGGCCCGUGGAGGUGGUCCCUCGCCCGACGCUCCACCGUAUCGCUGCCAGACCGCCUUCGCCCAGUCCGAUGAUGGCAGCCGUUCUUCCAGAAGCACCUGCACAGAGGCCAGCUACGUGCAGAAAUCCGACAAGGGGACGGUACAGACAAAAUCCUACAGCUACUCCUCCAGCUCCAGCUCCAGCUCCAGCAGUAAGAAAGUGGGCAGCGUGUUUGACCGCGAGGAUGACUCCUCUCCGCGUGGCGGGGGCGGGGGGGGGCUGGCCGCGCUGGACCGGCGGCAGGCCGAGCGGCGGAAGGAGCUGAUGAGGGCGCAGACGCUCCCCAAAACCUCAGCCGCGCAGGCCCGCCGGGCCAUGAUCGAGAAACUGGAGAAAGAGAGCGGGAGCCCGGCGAGCGCGGCGGUGUCCCGGGUCAGUAAGGUGCAGCGCUCCACCAGCUUCGGCGUUCCCAACGCCAACUCCAUCAAGCAGAUGCUGCUGGACUGGUGCCGGGCCAAGACGCGGUCCUACGAGAACGUGGACAUCCAGAACUUCUCCUCCAGCUGGAGCGAUGGCAUGGCCUUCUGUGCGCUGGUGCACAACUUCUUCCCCCAGGCCUUCGACUACGACUCCCUCAGCCCCAGCAACCGCAGACACAACUUCGAGGUGGCGUUCAGCACGGCAGAGGCCCUUGCUAACUGCAUGCCGCUCGUGGAGGUGGAGGACAUGAUGAUCAUGGGCAAGAAGCCCGACCCCAAGUGCGUCUUCACUUACGUGCAGUCGCUGGUCAACCACCUCCGUCGGUAUGAGAUGACCCGCCAGGCCUUCGCUGACCUCUGACCUUUGACCUCCCCGCUCUCCCACCCACCCACUGAUGGCUCUCCGCUCCCCUUCCUUGGACAGUGGACAAAAAAAAAAACACACAACUUAUAAUCUGCCAAACCUCUUGCCCCCCCCCCCCCCCCCCGCCACCAACCUCCCCCACCCUCCGUCCAUGAACCCCCCCCCCAGCACCGCUCCUCAGACGACCCCUGAAGGAGGCCGAAGGUGCGUUUAUCCGUCUCGCGCUCGCCCCCGCCGCCCUGUGUCCGCCGCAGAGGCGUGAGCGCUGGGGGGCCACGGACACGCCCCGCAGAGUCAGCCCUGGGGAGGGAGCGGUACCCAAAAACCACGCUCUGCACGAGCUACGCGUCGACACCGCCAAGAACGAACACUCAGUGCGCCUGAAAUGCCAAAGUUUCACAUCUGGUUUUUAUAUUUAGUCUUUUUUUCUUUUCUUUUCUU